AUGGCUCAAGGUUACUACUCUUCUUCGCAGGAUCAUCAGCCUGCUGUGCCCUUACACCUGUGCUUCUUCUUCCUUAUACUUGUGAUGUUCCUGGGAUUCUCAUGGUACAUAAACUACGAGCCGGUGUUAGAGAGCGUGUUCGAUCAGGUGAAGAUGGUUCUGAUUGUGUCUCCCUUGCUGCUUUUGCUGGUUGUGCACUUCCUCUCCAACGAUGAACGCCGGCGGUUCUCGUACCUCGUCCCAUUGCCGGAGAAAGACUCCAUCCAUAGGGCUGGGGGAACUCCUUGGGGAGUCGGAUUUGUGCUUGUCCUUCUUCUUUUUAUGAUAUCUUACCACUCUUACUUUCAAGAACGCUGGUUUCCUCUCCUAAGCCGAUAA